UUGUUUUUUCAAAACACUAUGAUGACUCAACUUUGGAAUAAAGGAUGUAGUCUAAAGUAACACUUCUGUCCCUACGCUUAUGCCCAUAUUAAAAAUGGCCGCCUCCGCCUUCCGCGGUGAUAGUUGCUCUGCGAACAAGAUCCGGGCGGAAACAGAGGGUACGCAAGUACGGUGGGGCGGAGCGCAGGAUGACUUAUAGAGGCUCGCGGGAGUCCCCAGGACGGCUCUAGUCAGAGUUGUUGGGGUUUGGUCAGGCUGGUGUAGGAAAACCCAGCCUGUGGGGAGCGGCCACUUCUUAACUGCUGGGGGCUCAGGGCUUCUGCCCGACUUGCCCGUUAUCUGAGGAGCUGGCGGAGCGGACCCCCCGGCCGGUCACCAUGUGGGCCUUCCCGGAGUUGCCGAUGCCGCUGCUGGUGAAUUUGAUCGGCUCGCUGCUGGGAUUUGUGGCCACACUCACCCUCAUCCCCGCCUUCCGUGGCCACUUCAUCGCCGCGCGCCUCUGUGGCCAGGACCUCAACAAAUCCGACCGGCAGCAGAUCCCAGAGUCCCAGGGAGUGAUCAGCGGUGCUGUUUUCCUUAUCAUCCUCUUCUGCUUCAUCCCUUUCCCUUUCCUGAACUGCUUUGUGGAGGAGCAGUGUAAAGCCUUCCCCCACCACGAAUUUGUGGCCCUGAUAGGUGCGCUCCUUGCCAUCUGCUGCAUGAUUUUUCUGGGCUUCGCGGAUGAUGUACUGAAUCUGCGCUGGCGCCAUAAGCUGCUGCUGCCCACAGCUGCCUCACUACCUCUUCUCAUGGUCUAUUUUACCAACUUUGGCAACACGACCAUUGUGGUACCCAAGCCUUUCCGUCCAAUUCUUGGCCUGCAUCUGGACUUGGGGAUCCUGUACUAUGUCUACAUGGGGCUGCUGGCAGUAUUCUGUACCAAUGCCAUCAAUAUCCUAGCAGGAAUUAACGGCCUAGAGGCUGGCCAGUCGUUAGUCAUUUCUGCUUCCAUCAUUGUCUUCAACCUGGUGGAGCUGGAAGGUGAUUAUCGAGAUGAUCAUGUGUUUUCCCUCUACUUCAUGAUACCCUUUUUUUUCACCACCUUGGGAUUGCUCUAUCAUAACUGGUACCCAUCACGGGUGUUUGUGGGAGAUACCUUCUGUUACUUUGCUGGCAUGACCUUUGCCGUGGUGGGCAUCUUGGGACACUUCAGCAAGACCAUGCUACUCUUCUUCAUGCCCCAGGUGUUCAACUUCCUCUACUCACUGCCUCAACUCCUGCAUAUCAUCCCGUGCCCUCGCCACCGUAUACCCAGACUCAAUACCAAGACAGGCAAACUGGAGAUGAGCUAUUCCAAGUUCAAGACCAAGAGCCUCUCUUUCUUGGGCACCUUUAUUCUAAAGGUAGCAGAGAGCCUCCAGCUUGUGACAGUGCGCCAGAGUGAGAAUGAGGAUGGUGCCUUCACCGAGUGUAACAACAUGACCCUCAUUAACUUGCUACUUAAAGUCUUUGGGCCCAUGCAUGAGAGAAAUCUUACCCUGUUCCUGCUGCUGCUACAGAUCCUGGGCAGUGCUGUCACCUUCUCCAUUCGGUACCAGCUUGUCCGACUCUUCUAUGAUGUCUGAGUCCCGUGAUCAUUGCCCUUUACUUCACAGUCUCGGGGGUUCCUGACUCAGGCCAACCUCUUUCUGGACCAGGACUGCCUUCUGGCCCAGGCCUCUCCCACCCUUCAUUUUCCUACAGAUUUUGUCCUCAGCAUUUCCUUUGCCCUGUGAUUAUGGACAUCCUGGGCUUUUCUUGCCCUCUGGUGAUUAUUGAUUGGACUUUGCCUAUGGCUUUCUUCAACUUGCCACUCUCCCUCUCCAUCCCAUCUUUGCAGCCUCCUAAGGUGGGAUACUGAAGCUUUUAUGCAGUUAUCUACAACUCUGACUCUCAAGGAAUUUGUUGGGCCUGGGGCUAGAACCCUGGCUGCGGAUAGGGACACAGGCUGGAAAGAUGACUUGACAUUUGCCUAUAAAUUAAGUAUUCUAAUUAGUAAGAGCUGACCUGGGGGCCAAGUGCUCCUUGUGGUGACAAUAAAGUGGUUUUUUCUUUU